AGCCCACUACAGUUGUUAUACAUAUCGAAAAACCGAUAAACUUUUAGGCGAAAAAGGCACUAUUCCAGGCCCAUUUUUGAUUUUCUUUGCGAUAUUAGGUAAAAACAGAAGCUUCUUAUCCUAGGAAAAAUAAAAUGGGAAAUCUUUCAAAGGUGGCACACUACCUUUAAGAGGCCAUGCGGAAAGGAUUGACAGCCUCCAAACCGCUGAGUAGGCGGCACGUGGCUGAUUGGCGCCGGUCCGUAUUCCAGUUUGUGCCGAUUGUUUCACGGCGGUACCCGGUCACGGCCUGUGGACUGCUGACCGGGCGCACGUGCCCCCGGGUCCUCCGGCAGCAUGACCGGCUCCAACAGCGGCCCAGCCGAUUUACAAACAGCCGCCGAGGGGUUCAAAAGGCGCUCCACACCAAUCAGGUCACCACUUGUGAAGAGAUUGGUACGCCGUCCGUGUCAUGGAGCCAAAACGGUUUCUUUAUUUGGUAUGUUUUCUGCUCCUGUGUUUGAUGGAGUUUAGACCAGUGAGAGCCACAAGGAUACCGCGAAAACGCUCGAUUCCAUAUACGUACAGCGCCAGCAGCUGGUCCUCUCCGCACGGCGCCAGCACCUGGUCGUCCCCGUACUGGCCCAGCACCUCGCCGGGCCCCCAGUACAUGAUGGAUACCGGCCGGCUGAGGGCUCGCAGCUGGCCGUCCCUGCUGUCGCAGAUGAAGGGGCCCCCAGACGCUCCGGCACCCAGCCCGGCACAGGUGCCCGGUCUGGAGCCCAGUCCGGUGUCGUACCUACCGCUGCCGGCGCUGCUGGCGGCGCUGCGCGCGAUGACGCCGGCCUCUGUCGGCGUCAGCGCGGCGCCGACUGUGUGCGUCCACACCCACCCGGGGGUGGCUGCUCCCGCCAGCGAGCUGUCCCUCGGCGACCUGUUGACUCCCGGCAGGGACAGCCAGGCCCAGACGCUGCAGAUGCUGCUGGACAGGCUGAUGCCGGGCGGCAGCGUCCUGGCGUCCCGCACGCCAGCCAGCAGCGGCACCCGGCGGCCUGGCGACCUGCCCGACCUGUCGUUCCUCAGCGGGCUCGGUCUGGGGCUGCUGAACCCGGACCUGUUCCGGUCGGGUGCUGAGGACUUUCCCAGGCCGAGUAUGUCGGAGGCGGACCUGAGGGCGGUGGCCGCCGCAGAAAGAAAUGCCGGGGGACGGCCGACACUGAGAGGAGGGAACCCCGACUCGGAGAUGUUCCCUCGCAGCGUUCAGUCCUCCCCCGAGCCGUCUGAGGCCGAUGACUCACAGCGGAUCAGCAUGCUGCUGUCGGCCAACGGCGGCGACUGGGCUAACAGGAUCGACAAGCGGCGCCGGCGACGCUCCGUGUCUCACGGCGGUCAGAGGGAGACUCGCCACCAGAUGUCCCAGGUGUUGAGUAAAAUCAUACGCCGCAUCGGGUUCGAGAAGUACAGCGAGGCUCUGCGGGUGAUCAUUCAGGAUCUGCAGCCGCUCAAGGAGGCGAUGAACGCCGCGCAGCGGGACCUCAGCAAGGUACAGAGAACGUACCACAAGUUUGAGAACGACCUGAACGGCCUACUGGAGCAGACUCGUGAAGCACAACAAAUUCUUCUCUUUAUUCUGUCGUCACUAUUUCAGGAGAACAUUGUUAUGCGUGGUAAACUCGAGGAGUGCCAUGCUUCUAAAAAGGUUAUUACUGCUAGAAUGCGCUUCCCAGACAACACCGACGAGCUGAACAAUCUCCGGCAUCAGUUGGAAAGCAGGAUCAAUCGAUACGACACGCUCAUCAUCAAUCUGAUCGGUAAGAAGUCUGAGCUCGAGGUGGAGCGACAGCGUCUGCGAGAGCGGUGUAACGUCCCCAUCGACUCCGGCACUCAGCCGGACCCGUUCAGUCUGAGCACGUUCCUCUCGCUGAUGACCGGGAUCGGCGAGCCGAGCAGCGCUCAGCGCGACAUCAACAUCCUGCUGAUGCGCCUGUUCCCCGACCUGUACCCCACGCCGCCGCCGCCGCCGCCACCGCCGGCGCCGUCCGCCCCGCUGCGACACACGGCGACAGCCGGCAGUCCCAGUGGCUGGCUGCAGGUGCUCAUCCCGAUGAUGAACACGCGCCGCGCGUCACAGCCGCUCCACUUCCCGUUCGUGGCUCCGUCGUCGGUGAGCAUGCCGUACUCGUUCGCCAACCAGUACCUCCUGCGACACAGCUCCCCACUCCGCACCUCGUCACCGCUGAUCUCUCAGCCAACUGAUAAUGGUGACGAGUUCAUCAUGAGCAUGCUGCAGCUGAUGCUGCAGCUCUACAGCGCACAGCCGGACCAAGUGGACGAGAACAGGAUGAAGGAGGAGCUGGUUAACUUCGGACGAGCGCUGCUUUGUUGAUGGAUGUCGCAAGUCGUAAUUUGCAUGUAAUUAAUGUGUAGGGUAUUGCUAUAGGUUGUAAUUCAUUUGGUGUAUGGGGUUUCUUGUGUUGCCUUUUGGAAUUGUGUUCCUACUGAUUCCCUUAAAGUUAAAUGCAUUUGCAUACAAUACAUCCUACCGUCAAAAUAAACUAUGAAACCAAACGUUUAAUAAAAUAUUCCCUUCA